AUGUCUCGUCGACGACAAAGUAAAAAGAAUUCAUCCUCUCGUGGUCGUCCAGCAAUUCCUCUUCCACAAGACCAAGCCGAUCCACAAGAUCAAAAAUCUGAUAGUAGAGGACCGCAAUCUAGUGAACCGAUCCGUGCAGAAACUGAAGGGACACCUUCAAAUUCCGUCGCUUCUUCAAAAGGAUAUUUAUAUCGUUUUAUCAACGGAGUGUAUAAUUUUGCUUUCGGAAAGAAAGCUGAUGAACAAGGAAGUACGUCCUUAGAAAAACAUGUUUCCCUCCGUCAAGUUUCUGCCCCAUCUUCGGCAAACAAUGUGGAUUCUAUGGAAGAUGCUCCAGGACCAUCUGGAUUCGUUGGAUUCAAUCAUGACAUGAAGAUGGAGAACACACCGGUUCGACCAUCUCUGAUGGAAAUUCAAGUCAAUGUCAAUCAGAAAAAUGGACGUGUCACUAGAACUCCUCGCUCUCAAAAUGCGUUGCCACCUCGAAAAGGCACCAAGCGAGCUCGCCAAUCACCGUGUCCAGGAUCUUCUCCGGAUGAAAACAGUACGCCAGCGCAAGUCAAAAGGUCGCGAAGAGAAAUGCGUCCAAUGGACAAUGACGGUGAUGAAGUUGAGCCAAUGCAAGUUGAGGAGAAAGGUCUGGAAAUUCGCCGAAAACUGCGAAUCCGAAACGCCCAAGGCAGGUGUCUCAAGCAGGAGGAGAUUAUUCAACAGAAGAAGAUCGAAAUGAUGAGGUGCCAAGUAGGAGACACAUACCAGGCCGUCAUCCAACCACUCCUGAGAACCAAUCCAACACUAGAGUAUGAUGAUGAUGUAGAACGCGAAGAGCUGAUCUGGGAGCCACAGGAGUCUGGAGCCCUGAUUGAACUGAAGAAAGAAGCCGAGGAAAAAAAUAAUCACAAAAUGAUCCGGAAUGUGUACUUCCGCGCAAUCUGGAGACAGUUUGGUGGCCACAUACUCUUCGAAGAGGCUCUCUUGCAUUUGAUGAAAAAUGGGUAUGAUUUGGCGGUCAGUUUGGAGACAGUUGACCAAUUGCUGAAGGAGAAGGCUCUGAUCAUUAAACAUGCUCGAGUUGCCCAAGUCGGCAACCUGGCCAAGUACGGCGUGAACGAGAUGAUCUCUUUGAAACAGUUGCAAAAAAAAGCGUUGCCGAACUUCACUCUUUCUGAAGUCACAGCCUACCAUUUCCAAUACAUGAAACAUUAUAUGUUCAUGGAUCAAUGGGAUGGUUUAUGCCAGUGCUGGGAUGAUCUCUGCCAGCUCGAAAAGUUUGAAAGCAGAGUGGGCUGCGCCAACUGCACCAAGCAUCGGCGAACUCGAAUCAAAGGGCAAGGUUUAUGUCUGAUAUGCAAGACACACAAGAGACUCACAAAACGAAUGAGGCCAGCAGCCAACGUUUUCUUCACACUUCAAGAAGAAGAACAACUGGAGAAAUGGGAGAGAAAGGAAAGAAUUGCUGGAAAAGCGCUCAACAGAGUCGAAUUUGAGCGUUUGAUGGAAAAGGACAAUGAGGAAAGACUGAGAAAGUUGGAAAUCACGGAUGAGGAGCAGGAAAUUAUGAAAUCAAUGGAUCGAAGAACGAAGAAGCUGUAUGAAGGAAUGACUGUGAGAGAAAAGGGAGAUUGGUUGGUUAAGCAACUCGCACCUUUCAAGCUGCCACAGAUGUGGGCGUGUUAUUGUAACUGGACAAGAAUAAAGGCACAAAUCAUCAAAGAGCAAGAUCUGGAACUAGUUGAACAUCCAGAACCCUUGUUCGUGUUCAAGUUCUUUGAAAACUUCAAUCCCUGGGUAGCUGGCUGGAAACCAAAUAAGAAGACUAACCAGAAAGGAGGAAAAUCAGAAAAUGUUGAAAAAUAG